AUGGGCGUAGAGACAAUCCUUGAUGUCGAGGAAUCGACAGAGCCUCCUAUAUGUGGUUAUAAGGAUCCUACACCCAAUGUGAAGUCCUGUGCUACUGAGCAAAAGUCUAUCUUGCAUACAAGAGAACACCCUACAAGUACAGCCUUGAAUCAACCAAACAGAGAGCCGCCGGAUCGUAUCGCACAUCUUACCGAGCCAACACAACUUGCAUUAUCUCUCCAGACAGAUCUUCGAAAUGGCCUGUCAGACACAGAAGCGGCGGUCCGCCUCCAGCGCGAUGGUCCGAAUACCGUGCGUGAAAUGGAGAGUGUCUCCGUCUGGGGGAUACUGCUAAGGCAGGUGUCCAACAGUCUGACACUGGUCCUCCUCAUCACUAUGGCCCUAUCUUUUGGAAUCGAUGAUUACAUCGAGGGUGGUGUAAUAACUGCAGUGAUUGUCCUGAACAUUGUGGUUGGUUUUAUCCAAGACUACCGCGCCGAAAAGACAAUCAUGUCACUACAUCGUCUCUCCGCGCCAAUUUGCCGAGUCAUUCGAGACGGUCGAAUUGCAUCCGUCAAGGCUGAAUCGCUGGUUGUCGGCGAUGUAGUUCAGCUAGCAGUUGGAGAUAUCGUUCCCGCCGACCUUCGCUUGUUCGAUGGUAUGAACGCCUCAAUGGAUGAGGCACUUCUGACGGGUGAAUCCCUGCCGAUACUGAAGACUCCACAUCUCACGUUGACCUCACCUGAUAUUCCGAUCGGUGACCGAACCAACAUGGCAUAUUCAGGGUGCAGCACGACCCAGGGUCGAGCCAUGGGUCUUGUCAUCGCAAGUGGCAUGAACACGGAAGUUGGAAAGAUUGCGCAGCUGCUUCAAGCUCAGCCUAGCUCCGGAGACUCUAGCCGCUUCGUCAAAGUGAUCAAGAAAGUGCAGCUGUUCUUCAUGAACAUCCUGGGCUUAGUCGGGACACCUUUGCAGGUCAAGUUGAGUAAAUUUGCCCUCUUGCUAUUUGCACUGGCUAUCUUGUUGGCAAUCAUUGUCUUCUCCGCUAGCAAAUGGGACGUCCAGGGCGAAGUCCUCAUUUAUGGCAUUUGUGUUGCUGUCGCAGUCAUUCCAGAGUCCUUGAUUGCUGUCCUUACAAUCACAAUCGCGGUUGGAACCAAGGCAAUGGCAAGAGGAAACGUCAUUGUUCGAAAACUUCAAUGUCUCGAGGCUGUUGGUGGUGUCACGAAUAUCUGUUCCGACAAGACUGGAACAUUGACUCAGGGAAGAAUGAUUGCUCGGUCUGCGUGGAUACCAGGUGCUGGUACCUUGACUGUGAGCCAGACGACGGAUCCAUUCGACCCUACCAGUGGAUUAGUCCAACUAGAUGAGAUUGAUUGGAGCUCAAACACGCCUAUUGAGGAAAGCCCUGCAUUACACACAUUCCUCCACGCUAUCUCUCUUUGCAACCUCUCAACCAUAAACCACGACAACCAGGUAUGGAGUGCAGUUGGAGAGCCUACAGAAGUUGCCCUUCAUGUAUUGGCCAUGAGAUUCGACUUUGGAAAGGCCUCAGUGCUACAGAGGCGGCAGCUUCAGCUAAAUACGGAGUACCCAUUUGACUCUGCUAUCAAAAAGAUGACAGUUGUCUACCACAAUGCACAAGACAAUGUCAAGGAAUGCUACACCAAAGGUGCCCCAGAGACCAUCAUUCCCGCACUCGAGAUUAGCGAGCCGGAAAAGCAGAACAUCAGACACACCGCUGAUCGAAUGGCCGGCGAGGGACUUCGAGUUCUGUGUAUUGCAUACAAAGUUUCGCCUGCUGGCGACGACUCCCAAGUAUCUCCACGAAGCGCCGCUGAAUCAAAACUUCAGUUCGGCGGUCUCGUGGGUCUAUAUGAUCCCCCUCGUGUUGAAACAGCUGCAGCUGUGCGCCGCUGCCAAAUGGCCGGGAUAACAGUGCACAUGCUUACGGGCGACCACAUCAAGACUGCAACUGCCAUCGCGUCAGAAGUCGGUAUUCUCGACCGAGUUGCUGCGGUAGUCAAGUCGGGACGACUCGUCAUGGCUGCGGAUGAAUUCGAUAAGUUGACUGAUGAAGAGAUCGACGCCAUCGAGGAGCUCCCUCUCGUCAUUGCCCGAUGCAGUCCCGCUACGAAAGUCCGCAUGGUAGAUGCUAUGCACCGUCGUCAGGCGUUUUGUGUCAUGACCGGUGAUGGCGUGAAUGACUCACCUGCGUUGAAAAGAGCGGAUGUCGGCAUUGCCAUGGGUAAAAACGGUAGCGAUGUUGCCAAAGAGGCUGCCGAUAUGGUCUUGACAGAUGACAAUUUCUCAUCCAUUGUCAAAGCUGUCGAGGAAGGGAGAAGAUUGUUCGACAACAUUCAAAAGUUCCUGAUGCAUCUGCUUAUAUCGAACAUUGCCCAAGUCAUUCUUCUGCUGAUAGCUCUUGCAUUCAAAGAUGCAGGGGGCGAUUCUGUGUUUCCCUUGUCACCAUUGGAGAUCUUAUGGGCCAAUCUAGUCACAUCUUCGUUCCUCGCGGUUGGCCUCGGCCUUGAAGAAGCCCAGCCAGACAUCAUGUACAGACCUCCCCACGAUCUGCGCAUCGGUGUUUUUACCCGUGAACUCAUCAUGGACAAAAUGAUCUACGGGACAUUCAUGGGCUCCUUGUGUCUCGUCUCUUUUGUCUGUGUAAUCUACGCUGCCGGGACAGGAACUUCGUCUCUAGGCGAUGGUUGCAAUCAAGGAUACAACCCGAGCUGUGAUGAGGUUUUCCGUGCCCGAGCCACGACCUACGCAACCCUCACUUUUCUCCUCCUUGUUACGGCGUGGGAAGUCAAACACUUCUCGCGCUCGCUGUUCAACAUGGAUCCGAUCCGGUAUCCCAAGGCUUCCUCCGUGUUUCCCACAGUGUGGAAUAACCGAUUCCUCUUUUGGGCUGUCAUGGCUGGGUUCGUCAUUGCUUUCCCGGUGAUUUACCUUCCCGUGAUCAACAAAACGGUCUUCAAGCAUCAGGCGAUUGGCUGGGAAUGGGGCGUCGUCUUUUGCUGCACACUUGUUUACCUGGUGCUUGUUGAGAGUUGGAAGGCCGUCAAACGUGCAUUCGGGAUUGGAAGUGGAAAAAAUGCUACUCUUACCCUUGAGGAUGCCGAAACGAGGGCUGGCUUGGGUGCCUUCACCCCACUCUCGAUGAGUGCAAAUGCCAGUGUGGAAUUGAAGUGA